UUCAAAGUUCAGAAACAUUGCGCAUGCGUACAAUGCGAAGAACAUCAUGGGUCACGUCUGACGUUGGAUCAACUAGAUACGUUGCUACAUUUAUAAACUAGCUAUAUAUUUUUUUUUAUCACAGACAUGACACGUUAACUCUGCACUUUUCAUAUUUUGUACUGUUAGCCAGACAUAUUUGACUACAUUGUUUAGCGUCAUCUGAAAGAAAGAAAUCAUGACUGCCAACGAGGAUCAAGAGAUGGAGUUAGAAGCCCUCCGUUCGAUAUACGAGGGGGACGAGUGCUUCAAGGAAGUCAGCCCGGUUUCAUUUCAGUUUAGGAUAGGAGAACAGGAGGACUCCAAAGCGUUCAUUCUGGAUAUUUCAUGGCCUGAGAUGUAUCCUGAAACGGCACCUGAAAUUUCUCUAGAUGGUUUUUUCAACAAAAAAAUAUCUUCAGAGACCAAGCAGCUGAUCAUCUCUGGGUUGGAGGAGCAGGUGGAGGCCAACCUGGGUACUGCCAUGAUGUACACCCUGUUCGAGUGGGCCAAAGACAACCAGGAAGCGCUGAUGGAGAACCACCAAGCUGUGGUCACUGCCGUGACACUAACAUCCAACAGUGACCUCAACGCCCCAGCCAAGAAGAAAGAGAAGAAGGAACAGCUGACCAAAUCACAGAAGAGGAAGAUCACAUGUAGAACUGAUAACAAAGGGGAGCUCCCCAGAGGCUGGGACUGGGUUGACGUCAUCAAGGUAUAUUCGCUCAGUCAGUUCACGGCAGUUGAUUUUGUGCCGACUAUUUUUGUUGUCCUGUCUGAUUUUUCAUUUUAUUUCACAAGACACCCUUAUUAUUGAUAGCACCCGUGUUGCCGCUAGCACCCGUGUUGCCGCGAGCACCCGUGUUGCCGCUAGCACCCUUGUUGCCACUAGCACCCUUGUUGCCACUAGCACCCUUGUUGCCACUAGCACCCUUGUUGCCACUAGCACCCUUGUUGCCACUAGCACCCUUGUUGCCACUAGCACCCUUGUUGCCACUAGCACCCUUGUUGCCACUAGCACCCUUGUUGCCACUAGCACCCUUGUUGCCACUAGCACCCUUGUUGCCACUAGCACCCUUGUUGCCACUAGCACCCUUGUUGCCACUAGCACCCUUGUUGCCACUAGCACCCUUGUUGCCACUAGCACCCUUGUUGCCACUAGCACCCUUGUUGCCACUAGCACCCUUGUUGCCGCAAGCACCCU